AUGGUAGAGUUUGCCAUCAACAACUCGGUGCAUGCGUCCACGACACAUACACCGUUUUACGUGAAUGGCUUGCGCCAUCCGCGUGUACCCACCUUACUAGAGUGCAACUCUGGUUUAAGGGGGGAGGGACUCGCGCGAGCAAAAAACCGAUUUGGUUCACGCUCAUCACGCUCUGACGAAGAGGUCAUUGCGCUUGAUGCCGAUAUCGAUAACAUCGAUGUCGAAGAAGUUGAUGCCAGUGAGAGUGCGGAAGCCCUCACUGAAGAAGAUGAUCCCAGUGAGAGUGCGGAAGCCCUCACUGAAGAAGAUGAUCCCAGUGAGAGUGCGGAAGCCCUCACUGAAGAAAAGGUUGAUGUUGCUGCAGUGCGCUCACAGCACACUGAAGCUAACGAGUCAUCAGAUGAGUUCAUACUGGCUCGUGAAACGGUAGUCCGUUUUGUGCAAGACUCCAUCGCCGAAGCGGUGACUUAG